GCUGCAGCGCUGUGAUUGGCUGAGCUCGGCGGCAGCGGGCUGCGCUCUGAUUGGUCAGAAGUAGAGAGCGGAGCUGUCAGUCACACACAGGCCCCGCCCCCCGCCGCUCAGACUGCGGACCGCUCCGGGACCAGAACCAGCGCUCCUUCAGGAUCUUUGUGGAUUAUUGAUUAUUGAUAGUGGAUCAGAAGGUGAUCAGCUGAUCGAUCAGCUGGGAGGUGAUCGAUCAGUGGGAGGGAAUGUCCCGGCUGCUGGAGUCACGGAGACAGGACAGGAUGAAGGAAAUCAACCUGAAGAACAAGGAGAAGCAGCGUCUGAAGGAGCGGGAGAAGGAGGCGCGGGAGAGGGAGGCGCGCCACAGUAACGGCCACCUGUUCACCUCCCUCACCGUCUCCUCCACCACCCUCUGCUCCUCCUGCAGCAGGAGCAUCACAGCCAAGGAGGCGCUGAGCUGCCCCGCCUGUAAUGUCACCAUCCAUAACCGUUGCAGAGACAGUCUGGCCAGCUGUGCAAAGAUGAAACAAAGGCAACAGAAGCUGUCGAUGGUCAGAAACAGUUCAGCUCUGCAGAACGUCGCCAUGCGCACCAAAACUCCAAUGAUGAAGGAGCGUCCGGCGUCGGCGAUCUACCCGUCUGACUCUCUGCGUCAGUCUCUGCUCGGCUCCAGACGAGUUCGCUCCGGACUCUCGCUCGCCAAGAGCGUCUCCACCAAUAACAUCUCAGGGAUGAGUGAUGACUCUGCAGGUCUCAGGAGGAUUCUGUCUCAGUCCACUGAGUCUCUGAACUUCAGGAGCAGGACUCUGUCCAUGGAGUCUCUGACUGACGACGGUGAGUGGUGGUGGAGCCCCCUGCUGGAGGAGCUGCAGGCGGAGGGCAGCUGUGUUCAGGCCGACAGCUGGAGCCUCGUGGUCGACCCGGGCUUCCUGCAGACGCUCCACAAGGACCUGAUCAAGAAACAGGACGUCAUCUACGAGCUGAUCCAGACGGAGUUCCACCACGUGCGGACGCUGCGGAUCAUGGAGGGCGUGUACCGGCGGGGGAUGCUGGAGGAGGUGCUGCUGGAGGCGGCCGUGGUCCACACCAUCUUCCCCUGUCUGGACCAGCUGCUGGAGUGGCACACCAGCUUCCUGUCGGAGCUGCUCAACAGGAGGAAGGAGGGCCUGAUGGAGGGCAGCAGCAACAACUUCACGGUCCGCAGCAUCGGAGACCUGCUGCUGAGACAGUUCUCAGGUCAGUCUGCAGACGACAUGAAGAAACUUUACUCUGAGUUCUGCAGUCGACACCCGAAAGCUGUGAAGCUCUACAAAGAAGUUUUAACCCGAGACCGAAGACUGCAGCAGUUCAUCAGGCGGGCGUGUCGGGGUCCUCUGCUGCGUCGCCAUGGCGUCCAGGAGUGCAUCCUGCUGGUGACCCAGAGAAUCACUAAAUACCCCGUCCUGAUCCAGAGGAUCCUGGACAACACAAAAGGCAGCGAGGAGGAGGCGGCGGCGCUGGGCGGGGCUCUGCUCCUGCUGAAGGAGCUGAUUGGCUCGGUGGACCGGGAGGUGCUGGAGCUGGACCGGACCCGGAGGCUGCAGGAGAUCCAGGCCCGUCUGGACCCACGGGCGGAGGCAGAGGUGCAGGGAGGAGGAGUCUUCAGAGGAGGAGAGCUGCUGAGGAGGAGGCUGCUCCACGAGGGGGCGCUCCUCUGGAAGGUCCAGGGCUCCAGGAUGAAAGACGUGACGGUCCUGCUGAUGUCCGACAUCUUGGUUUUCCUUCAGGAGAAAGAUCAGAAGUUCACCUUCGCCUCGCUGGACAAGUCUCCGGUGGUGUCCCUCAACAACCUGAUCGUUAGAGAUAUAGCCAAUCAGGAGCGAGGGAUGUACCUGAUCAGCGCCUCCACGCCGCCGGAGAUGUACGAGCUGCACGCCGCUUCCAAAGAAGACCGCCGGACCUGGAUGAGCCGCAUCCACCAGACCGCCAUCAGCUGUCCGUCCAGAGACGAGUUUCCGCUCAUCGAGACUGAAGACAAAGCUUUACUGCGCAGACUGAGAGCUGACAUCCAGCAGAAGGACAGGGAGGUGCUGGAGCUCCUCCAGGAGCGAGUCACUCUGUUUUCUGACCUUGUGGAGGCCACAGGAAGAGGAGGAGGCGAUGAAGAAGGAGGCGUGGAGCUCAGCAUCUCCUCCUCCUCGUCCUCCUCCUGCAGGAACCUGUUCAGAGCCAACACUCCUCAUGCUCCUCAGGCUGAGCUGCUCCUCAGCGCCUCCAUCGCUGAAGUGGACAAACUGAGUGAGCUGCUGCUGAACGCCACCAAGACGUCCAACCAGGAGCUCAACGGGGACUCUGGCUCCUUGAACGGUUCUGAAGAUUCAAACAGCAGCUCUUCGAAGGACAGAAACGGGAACCAGCUGCAGGAACGAAGCCUGAACCAGGAAGUCUGCCAGCGAUUGGUCAAUCUGAGCACGCAGCUCCAUGCCCUGCAGGCUGCUGUGAUUCGUCAGGAUUCCAUCCUUGAGCUUUCAAUCAGAACAGGCUCCUCCCCUGCCCCCAGCCCUGGCUCCGCCCCCCGCCUCAGCCGGUCCUUGUCGCGGGACGCCGGGAUGGACGCCAGCGGCGAGGCGGUGCUGCUGCGGCGCCAGGUGGAGCUGCUGCAGGAGGAAGUAACACGCCUCCGUCUGAGGGGGGAGGAGCCAACCAGAGAGGGGGCGGAGCCAGGCAGAAAGGGGGCGGAGCCAGCCGGCAGGAAGAAGAGCAACGGAGAGAUUAGUGAUGUCAUCAAGGGAGAACAGGUGAGCCGGAGGCGGGGCAGCAGGGAAUUGGAGCCCCGCCCCCUCGCACCAUUGGCCACUCAGGAUCCAGUCGACCAAUUAGACGGCGUCCAGGAAGGAAACGAGGAAGAGGAAGUGAUGAAAAUCUCUCCUCGAUCCGACAGCCCCAGAGACCUGCAGGACAUCCCGGAGGAGAGCGAGUGCGGAGCGGAUCCCAGUUAACGCCGUGAUGUCACCGUGAUGUCACCGUCAGACUUUUAUUGUGGAAGUUGGAGAUGAUAAUGUCAUUUCCUGUCUUAAAGUUUUUCUGAAUGUUGCUGUUAGCUUAGAAACAGGAAGUAUAACCAUGUGACCUGUUUACAUCAUCACAUCAGCUGGAGCCCCGCCCACACAGGCCGGAGG